AUGGCCAACCACAUAUUCGAUCUUCCCGAUGAGGUGCUUCAGCUAAUAGGGGAUGCUGCUCCCCUGGAACCAACAAUCCUGAGACUGGUUUGCCGCCGUUUCGAUGCAGCGUUCCUGGACCUCUUUGCGAAGCGACUUUUGGACGAUGUCCAUUGUUUCGUUCUGGACCCACAACGGCUCAAUCGUCUCGACGCCAUCACUCGCCAAGCACACCUCCUCUGCAAGAUCAAGAAAGUGACAAUCACUCUGAGCCCACAUGAGGGUAAAUGGAUCGAUGACUAUCCUUCUGUUCCCGACGAAGAGCAAUUCGGACACCUGAGUGAUGCACAGUCGGAGUUCGCGAAACUCAUCGAAGAGGACUGCUAUGGCCAGUGGCUUGAAUGCCCUCAGCUGGAUCUCUCGGUCCUCGCAGACAUCCUCUCAAGACUCAAGACUUCUGCAUGCCCACAUGUGGCAUUGUCACUUUCAAAUGGCGAACAACCAUGGAACAGGAGAAGAAUCUCGGAAGCGCGCUGGCCUGUCAUCGCCGACUCUACGUUGGCAAUGAUAUUUCACACAGUCCUUGCUUCGGACUGCGUGAUCUCGAAGCUGGACCUAAGCGAUACACGCUUCCUCGACAUACGUACCAGCAAUGAGGCUCAAUGGCUCAAGACUCUGAACAGACUAGGUCACGGCCUUCGUGCAAUGCAUUUGAGGCUGCAAGCAGACGAUGUCAAGCGUGUAAUGCGUGUAAUGAGCCAACAUGUGCAACACAGAGGAGAUAUAUCCUCUGCGUGCAGUCCAUUAAUCGCAAUCAUUUCCGCCGCGAAGUCAUUACAGUCCUUGCAUAUCUCUGCUCCUUACUGCGCUGCGAGAAAGUAUGAUGGCCUGGAGCAAGACCGGAAGUACCGCCAAUUUGCAUAUUUCGUAAAUACUAUCCUUGAUCCGGACGCCUGCCGAUUCGAGCGACUCGAAAGCCUGAGUCUCUCCGGAAUGGAAUGCAGCCCUCUGGUCCUGCUUGACUUGCUGGAGCGUAACCAACAAACAUUACGAACGAUAGAAUUUGUGGGCGUCUGUCUGCAUAAUCCAGAGGCUGACGCCUGGCUGAACGUCAUCAAGGCCAUGCAUUCGCAGUGUCUCAAUUUGACCCACCUGUCGCUCAAGUCACUGCAGGAACAGACUCAACUUGUGGUUGAUGCGGCAAAUGAGCACCUCUCUUACGCGGACCUGCUUGCACCGGAGCCUUCAGAAGCAUUUUUCCAAGAAAACAGAUACGAUAGUGAGCUGCGACUGAUAAACCGAGACGAGGUUGUGAGGGGUCUACUUGGAAAUAUUGAGAACGGUCCACCGUUCAUUCAAUGCUGA